AUGACCAACGCAAUGCCAUCGGGAAGGGUACAGAACCUCUCCCCCGACCAAGAACUGGUCCUCAAGGAAUUCUGGAUGUACAUUCUACAUUUCUCAGGGUACAAGGUGACCCCACACGGUCCGCUAUCGAGGUCCAACUCAGUGAAGGCUGUCCCCGUUGAGAAACAUGCCCACAAGAGCGGUGGCGGCAGCAGUAGCAGUGGGGGCGGGUUGUUUGGCCGGUUCAAGAGAAAUUCCAAGAAGGAGGAGGAGCAUCUUGCCAAGACGUUAUCAAACCAGGCUGCCAUUGAUCCGAGUGUGAAGCAUUCCACCGACGUCAGGGUCCAUGAGGCGUUGGCCAGUUUGGAUCCAAAGAAGGUAUUGGACGCCUUUUGGCUUGCAAUCAGACAGGACUAUCCAGACAAUCUGAUUCUUCGAUUCAUUAGGGCUCGAAAAUGGGACGUUGAUCAUUCCCUGUUGAUGUUUGCCAAUUCCAUCGAAUGGAGAAUGAAGGAGAGCCAUGUCGAUAGCCUCUUGCAUGGGGGUGAGUUGGAAUGCCAAAGGAAAGGUCUGGAUGGUGUCAUCUCUCAAUUCAAGUCAGGUAAAUGUCUCAUUCACGGUAAAGAUCGUAGAGGUAGACCACUAGUUAUUGUGCGUCCAAGGUUCCACCAUAAGGCAGAUCAAACACCUGAAGAGAUUGAAAAAUUUACUCUUUUGAUGAUUGAAUAUUCGAGGUUGACACUUCAUGAACCUGUAGAUUCUUGUACUGUUAUAUUCGACCUUCAAGGCUUCACCAUGGCCAACAUGGACUAUGAUCCAGUGAAGUUUAUGAUUAAAGCCUUCGAGGCCCACUAUCCAGAAUCAUUGGGUGUGUUAUUGAUCCAUCGUGCACCAUGGAUCUUCAAUGGGAUCUGGAAAAUUGUGAAAAAUUGGUUGGAUCCAGUGGUUGCAUCCAAAAUCAACUUUACAAAGAAUAUAUCCGAUUUGGAGAAAUUCAUUGAGAAGGACCAAUUGAUGAAAUUUUUAGACGGUGAUGACGACUACGAAUAUGAAUAUCUACAACCAAACGAAAAGGACAAUGGUCUGGCCAUUACCGACAAGGAAAUCACAGAGAAACUAUUCCUCGAGAGAUCAAAAUUACAAGAAGAAUUCAUCUCAAAGACAAUUGCCUGGAUUGAAACCCCGGAUAACGAAACCUCCAAGAGCCUCUUACAAGAGAGACUCGAAAUACAAAGAAAGUUAACUGACAACUACCAUUCCUAUGAUGGCGCCGUUAGAAAUAGGAGUAUCUACGAUAGACUAUCCGUUAUUAAACUCUGA